GAAGUUUCAAUGUCAAGGCCAAAAGUAACAUGGCCUUGCGAACUUUAGAUUUUUCUAUUCGCAAUCUGCGACCGUUAUCCCAAUGUUUCAUAAAACUUUCUAUUACAAAUUAUCAUUUAACUAGAAAUUUUCGAAUAUGUGCGGUAUGUUCUUCAAGUUUAAAUUAAUAAUUUUUUCCGAUUGUAGUUUUCAUAUUUUAUGAGCGAUAUUAAGCAACACCCUUAUUUUCUGCAAUACCUGUCAUACAGAUUCCUUUCUCAAACAAUGCAAUUCAAAGCAAAAACUAUUCAACGGACGUUAUCGCUCCAAAGAAUUUUAAGGAAAUCUGCCCUUAGAUUAUAUUUAUGUUGUGCUGAAAUAGUCGAUUAUGAUGAAUUUAUAAAAGAACUAAGUCUACCUGAUACCUUUAAUUCAUGGUUUAGAAUCAGUGAACUGCAUAUGUGGCUAUGUACUGUACGACUGGCCUCUGAGGGUCCUGAGGGUAAAUUCAUUAGGAAUGAAAUGCUAAAAGCACUAUGGGUUGACGCCAAGAAAAGAGGGAAAAAGCUCGGGGGAACCGGUUAUUAUGAAACAGCUGAAAGCAUUGAUAUUCUUUGCGGUCAACUUAAAUUCGCUUUUGUUGCUUAUGAUGAAGGCCUUUUAUCGGAUGAUAAAACAUUAGCUGGUGCUGUUUGGAGGAAUUUCUUUGAAAUGAAAAGUGAAGAUGCCACGAAAAUAGAUAAACUUGUAGAAUUUAUUAGAAAACAAGUAAUUAACUUUGACAUAAUUGUUAUUAUUUAUUUAGAAAAGCAGGAUUCUUCAAUUAUCCUCCCCACUGGCUUAAUGACAUUUCUGCCUUUAAAGGGUCAUGCUGAAGACGAAGCCCGAACUAAAGCCAUCUUAAAAGAAAUUCUUAGCAGAACCUAA